AUGUCAUUGGGUCGCACGGCCAAACGAUCUGGCUACUGUCCAUGCCAGGGCCAGGCGAGACUCAGCGCCUUGACUAUGGCUGAAGGCUGUUUUCUUGCGGCACGAACAGGCAUCACUUCGGUGACCGAUUUUCGUGUCAGCGACCAAGCCGCUGGACGACAGGGGGCGCCUCUCAUUGCAUUUUUCGAUGGGCUCUUGCUGCACAAUCCCACCAAAUUGCGAGCGUGUCAAAACAUCGGAGGCAUUGCCAAUGUCUGCUUCAUUCCACCAGAUACCCAUGGCGGCGCCCGUGAAUGCUACGACUUUGACACGGGUCCUGGCAAUGUGUUUAUUGACGCGGUGGUCCGGCACUACACGGAUGGAGCUCAGGAAUAUGACCAAGACGGUGUGAUGGGUGCUCGCGGCACAGUCGAUCAAGACCUGGUCGAUGACUUUCUACGUCACCCUUACUUCGCACUGGAGCCACCCAAGACCACUGGCCGCGAGGUGUUCCGAGAUACUCUUGCCCAUGAACUUAUUCAAAAGGCUGAAGCCAAAGGACGGACCCCGGACGACGUCGUGGCUACGGUGACGCGGAUCACCGCUCAAGCGAUCGUAGAUCAUUAUCGACGCUAUGCCCCGAAGGACGUCCCUCUCGAUGAGAUCUUCAUGUGCGGAGGGGCACACAACCCCAAUAUUUCAUCUUAUAUCCAGCAACACUUCCCCCAUACACAAAUCUUCAUGCUUGAUUCUGCUGGAGUUCCCGAGGAUGCAAAGGAGGCUAUCACCUUUGCCUGGCAGGGCAUGGAAGCCAUCGUGGGCCGAUCGAUCCUGGUGCGGUGGAAACUCGUCAGGAGUACAUCCUGGGGAAAGUGGCACCGGGGCAGAAUCAUCGAAAGGUUCAACGCAUGGGCGUGCUAUUUGAGGCUGGUCGAGACCGAUUGCCGCCCGUGA